AUGCUAGAAGACGACGAUCCCAUUUGGGGGACCAAGCGCUCCUGGGAAGCCGUAAGUCAAUGGGGAGAAUCUGGCGUUGACUCGACUACGACAGUUCUAUAUCCCCAUAAGAAAACACGACCGACUCACGGAUCGGGCGUACCAGGGACUGUCUCAAGUCAACAUAUUGGUGCUAGUGGUGUAGAUAACAACACCGGUGCAGAAAUCUGCGGGAUUAAUGGCUUCGAGGAUGAAAGGCAGGCACGGCCUGAAAAUGAGGCCCGGGACGAUACCCUUGCUACAGCUAGAUCUACUAAAGAAGAUCUUAUCACGACUGGAGAAAGUCUCGAAACAUUCUUGUGUGACACUUGCUUUGGAAUGGUUAUCCUCGAAGGUUUCCAACUUAAGAAUAAAUUCAUCACGGGAAAGGCAGCGAAAGAUGUGAAACUUGAAGUGAGCGGUAUCAUGGUAAUAGUUCGAGAUGAGACUUCAAACUCGUACGAAGGGCUUCUUGAUCAGAUAUCGGCCCAGAUCUUGGUUAACCUGGUGAAGAGUUACAAUGUAGAACUCAAAGCAUCGUUGAAGACCUCUAAAAUUAUCGAGGUGCUUAUAUACGGGCAAUUUGAACAGGGUGACGCAAUUGGGAAUAUGCUCCUGGAGCAGGACUGCUUCCUCCAACAACCGGAUUCAUAUGAUGUCUCCCGACCAUACCAUAAUCCUCAAUGCUUUUCGUACUCCGGAAAAGAGGAUAAUCUUUUCCAAGAAACUUCUGGACUGUCCCUGUCUCGAUGUACUAUUCUGGGUGAAAGCGACAAAAGUAAAGCCACCGAGUUGCUAGACUGCGCGAUUGGGCCCACCAACUUCAGGAGGGUACAAACCUCAAGGGUUAUUACUACAGCACUGAAGCCGUAUCAAAGUAAAGCUCUCGCUAUGAUGAUGGAGAAGGAGUCGGGAGAUAUCCGUAAUGCGGAGUUCCCUUCCGUUUGGGUUGAAAAGACCGAUGCGGCGUUUUCUUUCUCUAGAUUCUAUAAUACGGUGACUCAAAGUCAUACUACCCGAGAGCCGAAGCUCUGUCUUGGCGGUCUUCUUGCGGAUGAUAUGGGACUUGGGAAAACUCUUACGACUUUAGCUCUCAUUGCAACGUCGCUAAAUAACGAAAACAAGGAUGCCUAUUGUCAAGUUCCCUGUGUAAAUCUAAUAGUCUGUCCCGUGUCAACUAUUACCGGUUGGCAAGACCAAAUAGAAAGACAUUUUAAGAAAGGGUCCUUGAGCUACAGCAUCUAUCAUGGAUCGGCGAGACACAAGGUUAUUACAACUCUCAAAACAGUCGAUAUCGUCUUUACGACAUAUGAGACUCUCAGGGCCGAAUUGCCAGGUAGAAAUGCCUCGAUUGGGCGGACUGGGAUUCUCCAUGGUAUUGACUGGCACCGUGUUGUUCUCGAUGAGGCACACGUUGUAAGGAACCGUGCUUCAAAGAUGUUUCAGGCUGUGAGGAUGCUCAAAGCCAAACAUCGCUGGUGUUUGACGGGCACGCCUAUUCAGAACCGCUUAGAGGACCUGGGUGCUCUCGUUGAAUUUCUAAGGGUCGAUCCUUUUGAUGAUCCCGAUAUAUUUAAGCACACGUUCCUGGCCCCAAUCGAUAAAAGACAACAAGGUGGAUGGGAGCGACUUAGGUCGCUAAUCAAAUCAAUCGCCCUCCGCCGAACGAAGGCAUCAGUUGACACCGACCUCGAUCUCCCUCCACGGAGUGAUCUUAUCCAUUAUAUUCACUUAAAUGAUGAAGAGCGGACACUCUACAACUUGGUCAAAAGGGGGUUCGCGCUAGCCAUCGAGUCAGGAGGAGCAACUAUGAAUACGUUUCAGUUUAUUCUCCGGCUUCGGCAGAUUUGUAACCACGGCAGCGACUUGCUUCCUGGAGAUCUGCAAGAUUGGCUCCAAGAUGCUACCUGCCUUCAAUUCCAAAAGUGCGAAUCUUGCGGCAAAAGUCUUGACCAUGAAGACGAAUCAUCCUAUCACGUAUUUUCAUGUUUCCACCAGGUAUGCCGGGUAUGUCUUCAAAGCAGCGAUGCCUAUGAUGAUAGUAGCCUCGCUUGCCCUCUCUGUAAUGUCACUGCUCUGGAGGGAGAUGAGAUUAGUAAAUCGACGAGGGGCUCCAAAGGCUCUGAAGUUCAACCACUGAGGUAUUUUCCUUCAUCGAAAGUGAAGGCUCUACUACAAAAUCUGCACAGCGAUCAUACAGCAGCAACUGCAUCCGACCAGCGACCAGCGAAGAGCAUCAUAUUCUCGACAUGGACAGGCAUGUUGGAUCUUAUUGGCAGAGCGCUAUCGUUGAACUCUUUUACGUACCAAAGGCUUGAUGGUAGUAAGAGUCUGGCGCAGAGACGUUAUGCACUUGAAGAGUUUCGCACCAAUAAUGACUGUACUAUAUUGCUCGCUUCAUUGGGAAGUGCCGCGGUCGGGCUUGAUCUAACUAUGGCUAGCCGCGUGCACUUAAUGGAACCUGGUUGGAAUCCUUUGAUAGAACAGCAAGCCAUGGACCGCGUCUAUCGUUUAGGACAAAAAAACGAAGUUAUAACCACGCGCUAUAUCGUGUCUGGCUCGGAUUCAAUAGAACAGGCAAGUCUGCAGUGGGCGAAGAUGGACACCGCUAACAGAGGUUAUGUAGUAUAUUCGACGAAGGCAAACUUGGAAAACGAAUCUCAUCGCAUCUUCCCUAGAGGAUUCUGCGACUAA